UCCCUUGGUUACGAGAUGAAUCGUUGGAUAUUGGUUUUUGCGGCGUUAGCUGCUUUGGCUUCGGUUGCCAACUCAGCAAAGAAUGUUGUAUGCUACUACAGUAGCUGGGCUGGUUAUCGAAAUGGUAAUGGCAAAUUUGACAUCUCAAAUAUUGAUCCGACUCUUUGCACCCAUAUCAUUUAUAGCUUUGUCGGCAUAAAUCCGGAUGCCAGCAUCCGAAUUAUGGACCCAUGGAAUGAGCUUGCCGACAAUUACGGCUUGAACGGUUUUGGCAAAUUAAUCGCUCUUCGUAAUAGUAAGAGCCCUAGCACUAAAAUAAUGGUCGCUAUCGGUGGAUGGAGCGAAGGAUCCACGACAUUCUCUACUGUCGCCAACAAUCCGACUCUUCGUAAAACAUUCGCCAAGAACGCCGCUAAAUUUAUGGACCAAUAUGGUUUCGAUGGUUUCGAUGUCGAUUGGGAAUAUCCGAACCAGCGUGGUGGGAAACAAGGAGACGUAAAUAACUUUGUGGAAAUGCUCAAGGAUUGUAAUACCGAAUUAAAAAAGAAAGGAAAGAUUCUCAGUAUUGCCGUUGGUGCUACCGAGUCACUUGCCAGUUUGUCUUAUAAUCCAAUCAGCAAGAUAGCCCAAAAUGUGGACUUUAUCAAUCUUAUGACAUACGAUCUCCACGGUACUUGGGACGGCGUCACUGGUCACCACGCUGGGCUUUAUUCGUCCACGAGCGGAGACAAACUCACCGUCCACUCAGCGGUACUCUAUUGGUUGAACAAGGGUUGCCCGCCUGAGAAACUAAUCCUUGGAGUGCCAUUCUACGGUAGGGCCUUCACUCUCUCCAAUAAUAAAAAUAAUGGCAUUGGAGCUGCUUCCUCUGGACCAGCUACACCCGGCCCGUAUACUCAAGAGGGUGGCUAUCUUGGAUACAAUGAGAUUUGCGAAAAACUGAACCAGGGAGGCUGGACUGUUAUACACGGUGAUAAGGAAAAAUCUCCUUAUGCUUACAAGGGCAAUCAAUGGAUUGGUUAUGAGGAUCCACAAUCUAUGCUAGUAAAAGCUCAAUACGUCAAAGACAAAGGUCUCGGAGGUCUAAUGGUAUGGAGUAUCGAUACUGAUGAUUUUAGAGGAAUUAGCGGAACAAAGUUCCCUCUACUGAAAGCAAUGAACGCAGUGAAGAAAUAAGUCUGGUAGAAUCAAGAUAAACCAACCAAGAAACUACCGCAAACGAUGCAACUAUAACAAACAAUGCCUCCACAUAUAACUGCACCUUCCAGUGAUAUUUGUAAAAAAAAAAUUACAAUUUGCGAUAAAUAAAGUUACGAUAUAUUCUACCUAUGCCGAAAUAUCAACGGCGCUUUCUAAGUACAAAAAUUCAAUUGCCUAAACGGACUAGCUUUCAAUCCCUAAAUCAAUGAUUGUAAUUACAAACAUCUCGUUCCUGAAUAUAAUUAACGAUAAUAGACGGUAACAAAUGGUCAUGUUGUACUAUUCUAUGACGUUUCUACUUGUUAUACGACGUGAAACGUAAUAAAUAGAUAUGCUUUAUAA